AGAGAGAAUAUUUGGGUCUCAGAGACACCAGAACAUCGGCCCACGUCCAGGCAGCCUAGAACCUUGGGCUCCAACGCGCACCCAGGCCAGGUCCUGGCUGUCAUUCCCCCGCCGGUCUCUGGGGGAGCUGCGCGGUCCGCGCCCGCUCUUCGCUGCCGGAAUUCGUCUUGCCUGACGGAAGCUGGGGGGGCGGGCAGGCGGCGGGGGCGGGGCCCGGCGGAGCCUACACCGGCCCGGGAGGAAGACUGGAGCCUUUGCGGCGGCGCUGUCCCUCGCCUGGUCCCCGCGCGCUCCGAGGGUCUGGCUGGUGCUGCGGGGACCCCAGGAGGUUCGGAGAUGAUCGAGACACAGGAGGACAUCUACGUAGGUUCCAUUGAGACAGACCGAGGGGUGCGAGAGCAGGUGCGUUUCUACGACACCCGGGGGCUCCGAGACGGGGCCGAACUGCCCCGACACUGCUUCUCCUGCACUGAUGGCUACGUCCUGGUCUACAGCACAGAUAGCAGAGAGUCCUUUCAGCGCGUAGAGCUGCUCAAGAAGGAGAUUGACAAAUCCAAGGACAAGAAGGAGGUCACCAUCGUGGUCCUUGGCAACAAGUGUGACCUACAGGAGCAGCGGCGUGUAGACCCAGACGUGGCUCAGCAUUGGGCCAAGUCAGAGAAGGUGAAGCUGUGGGAGGUGUCAGUGGCGGACCGGCGCUCCCUCCUGGAGCCUUUCGUCUACCUGGCCAGCAAGAUGACCCAACCCCAGAGCAAGUCUGCCUUCCCCCUCAGCCGUAAGAACAAGGGCAGCGGCUCCUUGGAUGGCUGAAGAGCUGCCAUUCCUCCUUCACACUCUCAGCCCCAUUUCAGCAUCUGGGGCUCUGGUAGAUGGGUUGAGAGCAAAGUGGAGGGCAAGCUGACCUCCCCAGUCAGCCAGGGAGCUCCCCACUAGGCCAGGCCCCAGCCACUUUGUUCCCCCUCACCUCUGGGAAGUACAAAUACUCUUGAUUGACAUCCCUUCCCUCAGCCCUCCCAGCCUACUCCCCACCCCGGCUUUUAUCAGAUCUGCUCCACUGUCACCUGGGGCAGUUGUGGGUCACUGUCCCUUCCAACUGCCCCAGACAGGAAACAGAGUCACCACACAGCAGUGCCCCUUCUUGGGUCUGGUUCCUGUUAUAGGGGUCCCACCCUCUGGGCUUCCUAUCAGCAACACACAAACACUUAUGGCACCAGCCUGGACUCCAGAGAAAGGGUGUCCAGGUAUUGUGUGUAUGCAUUUAGUUGUGCACAUGUGUGUAUGUGUGUGCACACACGUGCUCCUACACUGGCAUUAGGGGUGUCUCCUCAUCCCUCACCCUCCCUUUCUCCUGUCCUUUUCUUGGCUGGAAGAAGCUAGACUCCUGGGAGUGUAGUUUUCUGUUUUAAAUCCCCUAUCCCUGCUGGGCUCAGUGGCUCAUGCCUGUAAUCCCAGAGCUUUGGGAGGCCGAGGCGGGUGGAUCACUUGAGGUCAGGAAUUCAAGACCAGCCUGGCCAACAUUGUGAAACCCCGUCUCUGCCAAAAAUACAAAAGUUAGCCGGGCAUGGUGGCACAUGCCUGUAAUCCCAGCUACUCAGGAGGCUGAGGCAGGAGAAUCGCUUGAACUCAGAAGGCAGAGGCUGCAGUGAGCUGAGAUCAUGCUACUGCACUCCAUCCAGCCUGGGCAACAGAGCAAGACUCCGUCUCAAAAAAAAAAAAAAAAAAAAAAAUUUCUCCACCCCCACCAAUGGUUUCACUUCCUCUUCCUGCUCAGGGAGCAGAUGGGCCUCAUUAGUUAAGGUAGAAUAGAAUGAUCACUGGGCUAUGAGUGGCCAGCCAACUCUGUGACCCAGCAAAGACCUUCCCCUUCUCUGGGCGUCAGUUUUCUCAUCUGUAAGAUGACCAGAGUUGCUUAGAUGAUCACCUAGAUCCUUUCCAGUUCUCUGAUUUUGUAAAGCCAAUGGCUUCUCCCUCUUCAAGGUGCUACGCCGACCAGCCCUGGAGGCUGGGAUCCGCCGCUCCCUCCAGCCACCAGGGGGCAGGAGUGCACUACCUGCUGUCAAUCGCCAGAGCAGCCGCUCCGUGCCCAGCCCACCAGCCUCACCCUUGGAGGCUGCUGUUCAUCCUGCCUGUGGUUUUCAGCUCAGAGCUGGACUUCUAUUUAUAACUUACCUGUAUUUAUAUUUAUAUGCCCGCUGCCAUGGUGAAGGCUGGACAAGGUGCUCCUCUGGCCCCUCCUUCUUACCUCAGAUGCCUGCAUAGAACAAGGCAAACUGUAGCAGCCUCUCAGGAGCUGACAGGUCCUCUUUCGGGGCUCAGGUGGGUGGGCACACACCCAGCGGGCUGCAAAGUGAGCUUAUUACCCACAACAUCCUGUGCCUGCUUUGUGCGUCUAAGGUGCACACCUAGCUCAGGUGAGACACUGCAGCCAGGCAGUCACCCAUACAAGCCCUUCUCAAAGCCAGGGGUGACUGGGGCAGGUACCCAGGGCUAGGUGAGUGGAAUUAGGACAUGCACAGGCUUGGGCUUCAAGUUCAUUUAUUGAUGCAUUCAUUGGACACAAUAAAACCACAAUUGUUAUCAAAAA